AUGACUGUCGUGCUCUACUGCGGAUGGAAGAAGGUGGAGGAAGACGUGGCGGUCGCAAGGGCAGUCAAUGUGGCUGUCACAGCGGCUGCCACUGAGAUGGCAGUGGCAGCGGCUUCCACGUCAGCUUUAAGGUCGACGUGGAUGCAGAGUGUUGACGUGGAGAUGGAGAUAUUCGAUUACAGUGUCUCAAAAGAUGAGGUGGUAGACGAUUGCAUUAUUUGUUUGUCAAAUUAUGAAGAAGACGAGCAGUCAGCAUUAUUAUUGCCACUGUGUCGACAUAAAUUCUACGUGGCGUGCAUUCAAAGGUGGCUGGAGUGCUAUGGCAGAUGCCCCAUCGGCGGCAUGACUCCAAUUCCCUCGCAACUUGUUUCACAAACAAGCACAGAUGUAGUGCAUAUCUAUGUUGCAGUGUCUUAG